GAAAGCCGUCAAACUGGCCUGCCGCAAGCCUGUUCCUUAGCCAGGUGAUGCAUCUCAAGUAUACAAGAGCCCUGUCUUCACUAAGGCACAGCUGCUUAUUCGGGACUGGGUGCUGCCAGCAGAUGAGGCUGCCCAGGACACUUUCUCCACACCGGGUGCCUGGCGUUUCCAUUUUUAACUGCAGCGCCAGUUGUCUUCCCAAAAUAACUUCCAUUCCUUCUCCUUAUAAGUCAAGGAGCUCACGGCCCUGCCCAGCACAGCCGCCCGCCGGCCUUCUGCAAACCUAGCAGCAUGAACAUCACGGAGCUGAACCGGGAGUGUCUCCUGCACGUCUUCUCCUUUUUGGACAAGGAGAGCCGGAGAAACGCGUCCCUGACCUGCCGCCGCCUGCGCUUCCUCUUCCACGACGCCGCGCUCUGGCCGCUGCUCGUCUUUCACUCGCCAUCGGAGCUCCGCAGGGACAACUUCGUGCUGGGGGCCGCGCUGCGCCACCUGUCCAUCUGCUGGCACUCGAGCAGGGUCAAGGUGUGCAACAUCGAGGACUGGAUGAAGAGCUCCUUCCAGAGGGACCUAUGCCGCAAACACGAGAACAUCGUCGGUAACUUUCUGUGGAAAGUCUCCUCCAAGUGCCCCAGCCUGCGGUCCCUGAGCCUGGCCGGAUGUGGCCAUGUCACUGACCAGCAUAUAUGUGAAAUCCUGCAGAGCUGUCCCAGGUUGAAAAGCCUCCAAUUAGAGAACUGUGUGCGGAUCACCGACCGGACACUUCACGCAGUCACCACUUAUGGCACGAGCCUGGCGAGUCUCCGUGUGGAUUUCUGCCGCAAUGUGAGCCAGGCGGGUCUGCAGCUUGUGAGGACCACAUGUCCAGGGCUGGAGGUGUUGGCCGAGCGCAGUGGUGGGAUGAUCCCAGACAGCCAGCCGGAUGAGCGGGAGAAGCUGGGAAGGACACUGCAGAAGCUGCUUCUGUACUCAUGAAGUGAUUGUCUGCUACUGGGAGUCACGGC